CACUAGUAAGUGUUUUUUUCCUUUUUAUUUCAAUUUGAGAGCUGUAAAUGGAAUUAACUUCUGUGUUGUUUGCACUAAAUUUGUUUACUCUUAGCAUGAGUGAAAGUUCAGAGACUGUUCUAAGUAGGUCAUAUCUGCACUCACAGCAAAAAUCAAAGAACACCCUGUAAAGCAACUUCUGAGGGAGUGAACUAUAGUUAUUACUUGAGCUUCUAGACUACACGUGAGAUGUGUGUAUAUAAGUUCUUUAUUCUCUGGUUCACUUUCCAUCCUUGAAGUAAACUCAAAAGACUAUUUCAACAUCUCUCUAUUAUAAAUGCUCUAGAACUGUGUUCUGCUCAGGCUGGUACUAUUCCUAAGUUACUCUUGGGCCAGAAGUCUGAACUACAAGAGCUAGAUUGUACCAUACUCCUUGUAGGCUGUAAUAUUUUUGUCGAACUUAUUUUUCCACAAACUUUAAUCUAUAGCAGAUUGGUUAUGAGGGAUAUUAAAAUGUUUGGUGCAGAAAGAAUCUGUAUAGUGAUAAUGAAAAGGCAGCAGUAGCAAAUAGUCUAAUAGAGUGACUGUUUGACUCCCAACGUCCGUGGUCUAGCAAUACUUGUAAUUAUUAAAUAGUAUGGAGCAUGGCAUGUCACUACCAGAUACCACUUCUUAAUGAAUAAGCAGAUAAAUCCUGUCUGCCUUAAAGUGUAAUUGGAUCUCAGUUAACAUUACAGGUUUACUUAUGUGAGUGCUUUCUAGGAACAGAUCUGCUGUAGGCUGGCAAGAGUCCUAAUUCAUUUUCAUUUGCCAGUGUUGAUAGUUUCCCAUGGUAACUGUUGUUUUUUGCCUUUCCAGAUGUGUUUGCAUUUAUUGUACAUAUGCCAUGCAUUCUUGUGGAUUUCUUGGUCCAGUGUUUUGCUACUUCUGUCCUUGGAUGUCUUGGGCGGUAUUGCUGCUGCUGUCUUUCUGCAGAGGCUGGGUAGAGGGAAUUCGUGCUGUUAAUGUUUUUAACCUUGUAUUUCUUCUAUUUGAAGAAGAGAACCUAAAAAUACUUACACUGGAUUUGCACAUUCUGUAUAGAUCUUUAUAUAGUAGUUCAGGUACAGAAGGAAGAUGGUUUGGGAGAGUUGUGUUUACAGGUCAUUGAGAAUGCAAGAAGGGUAUUUAAAAACACCCUGUAUUCUUUGUAUACAGAUAUAACAAUAUUGCUCCAAUUUUUACCUAGCUUAUGUUUAAUACUGUGAGUCUGAUUUACCUUCAUUGUCUGCUAUCAGGGGAGCUGUGUUCACAUCAGUGGAUCUUCAUUGUGCUCUUACGUAUGCGGUUAAGGUUGUGCCUCUGUUCACUGCUUACCUUUUUCAGACAUGUGGUCUGUGCUGUAAUUUCUUUUUUGUUGGUUCUCACCACAUGGUUGGGGUUUACUAACCAUACAGCAGGUUUAUCUAAAGCAAUAGAUUGUAAUAAAUGUUGUGAACCGGUGUGCGUUUCAGUCAUUGCGCAGUUAAGCUUCUCUGGGCUGCUGUAGAUUUCUUUUUAUCUAUUAGUCCUCCAUUUCUCCUGGAAUUCAGACCCAGUGCAGGGCAUACCAGUAUCACUCCUGCUUUAAUAUUUGUCAAUCAAAUGAGGCCAUGUCAUAUGAAGACUGUCAUCACUUCUCAGCUUUGGUUUUAAAAUCUGCAAGUUUAUAGUAUGCUUGUGAAUACUCUCAAAAUCCUACUAAAACCACUUUUGUAUUCUUGCUUUGAAUAAUGUUUUUGAAAAUCUUAUGCCAUUAAAUAUGUACUUAUUGGAGAACACUGUAAUUACUGAUAAUUUUUUUGAGUGGUGGUGUGCUGUUUUGGGGUGGGAGGGAUGCUGAGCUCUGUGAUUAAAUCGAGAAGUGUUUUGAUUCACAGGUCUUUCAGUUGCUUGAAUUGUAGGUUGUAGAAUAGCGUUGGUAGUAUAAUAUAGAUCUUCAGUUUUCCUAUUUAUAGAAGCAUGAGAUUCCAGUACUGAAGAAGAAUCUUUUGUCUUCAUGUUGAACAGUCAAGUAUAUUGGUAUUUAUGGAGAAAACCAAUCCACCAACUCCCCUCUGCUGCCCAGUUGAAACCUUGAUAGCAUCCUUCCGAAACUUAAUAUCAUCUAAUUUUGCACUGCAUCUUGUCUCUCCUCUUAGUGCUGCUAAUGGGAGCAAAAGGGGUCCCUUGUGAUAUCUGUGCCCAUUUUAAGUACUGUAUAGUAUAGUUAGUGAUGGUGUCAUUUGUUUAUGAUGCUGACAAAAAAAAAAUGAAAUACAGAUGUACAUCUACCUUUACCACUGUGGGGUUGCUAAUCCAAGUGGAAGUAAAGUUACCAGGAAUGAAGCCAUCUUUGUUACCUCACAAACAGGUCAUGUUUUGAUGCCAAUCUGCUUGCUUGUUUUCUUAGUCUGAUGGAAAAUGACAAAACCAAGUAGCUUCUCUAGUUAUUAAGUUGUCUGUUGACAGUGUCUAGGUGGAUAACACUGCACACAAACACUGUUUGCUAACAGAUGAUACGUUGACUAUGAAACAAUUCUUAAGCAUAUGUUCUAAAGAGCUUUCAGUUUUUCUUGAGAGAGAAAUUCAAGAGCAAUUCUGUAAACAUGAGAUCUCUGUGCUGAGAUUUAAGUGGGAGAAAACAGGAAAAGGCAGGUAAGUCUGAUUUUAAAUGCAAUUGGACAUACACUGUAUAAAAUGCAGACUUUCUAUGCUGCCUAUAAUAAACUGUUCAGAAUAGGUGUGAUUUCUCCAUGUUAGCUUGCUGUGUGAAGCUGUCUCAAUUUUCCUGUGCUAUGUAUCAAGCUAUAUAUUAGAUUAAAUAAAUCCAGUUUACGGUUCUGGAAGUUUUCAAGGAUAAAUAAAACCUAAUACGACAGUCCUUCACUUCCAAUGCUGGGUAUGUAGAAAUGCAAAGGACUUGUCUUUUCAGUCCAUUGUCUACUAUACUGCUUACUCUUACAUAAGAGCUUUACAGCAGUUGCUGGCUGUUUUGCAAUGGUAUUGUGUGCUUUUUGCCUGCGCAUUGGCUCUCAAGUCUGUGAAUUGACUAACUAGUACUGACUUGUUUGUGUUGCAAAUGCAGGUGCCUGUGCUUUUACUAAUUUUCUUAAAUCCUGAUCUAGUGACUGACACUAAUGACAGGAAAUGAUUAAUGAAUGGGACCUUGCUGAGAAUGUGUCACGUUCUAAUGCUUGCGUGGGGCUGGUGACGUGCUGCAUCACUGGCUUUUGUACAUUCUCUGCCACUUUAUAAUUGUUGAAAAACCUGAGUUUGUUUUUCAGUCUGCUCCCUCAGUUUAAGCUCUUUAAUGAAAAGCUUCAGACAAGACAACUGUGAGCAGCUGUUAAUAAACUGAUCACUUCCAAUAAAACAAAUUCCUUUACUACUUAUUUUUAAGGCCCAGGAAGACUCAUAAAGAAUCUUCCCUCUCUGUUGUACAGUUUUUCAAGACCUGUGUUGGAAGAAUCACGACUGUGCUACAUGGAAAUGAGAAUAAAGGGGGGACUUGUGCAGGCUGCUCACAUAGCGAGAAGUUAAACAUGGUGGUGAAUCAAUAUUCUCUGAGGCAUCCUAAUACAGCCCAAAUUGUUUUAUCUCCCCUCAGGCCUUUCUGAAACUUGUCUGAAUAGCUACAGUCGAUGAGGAGUUUGGCUUUGCUUCAGGAUUGUAAGAUGGGAAUUUCUUUCUGUUUGAAAGUACUCUUUUUAGGGUAUGCUAAAACUCUGAAAGGGUUUAAAAUGGCCAAAGUCUAAGAUGAGGUUGCUGCUACUCUUAAACUAAAUUUGGACUGGGGGUUUUGAGGUUGUGGCUUGAUCAUGGAGCAGUGCUUCCUCCUGCCGAGGGCUCCCCAGUUGGGUGCUGCUUUGCUGCCCUUAUCUUUUACCUGUGUUUGGAAACCCUGGCAGCGAGGUUUUGAAGUGUGUUGUCAAGUGCAGGCCACACCUCUGCUUCCCACAGCUGGAGCACAGCCUAGUCCUGCCCAAGACUUCAGACCGAGCCUGUUGCGGGCAGCCCUUCGCAGCUGCGUGUCGGGGGACUCUUCAUUCCCUAUCACUUCCCUGUCUCAGGUUUUCUGUGGCGACGACGGGACACAUUCCCCAUGUUCCAUGAGGUGCUGCGGGGCACGAUUCCACCCAGAGUCCUGCCUUUUCUGGCAGCUGUGCUUUUCCAAAGGAAGGAGAGGAAGGAGACUGGGUUUUACCACAGGCGGUGGGAGAAGCACCCUUACUACAACCUAACGGUAAAAGUUCUCCGAGCCAGAAACAUCAGGGGUACAGAUCUGUUGUCCAAAGCAGACUGCUAUGUGGAACUAAAGCUGCCCACUGCAUGUCCUACAGUCUUCCGAACUCGGGUUGUUGACAACUCUGAUAACCCAGUAUGGAAUGAAACUUUCCAGUAUCGAAUCCAUACAGCUGUCAAGAACAUUCUGGAAUUGACACUUUACGAUAAGGAUGUCCUUGUCAGCGAUGAGCUUACAUCUAUCGUCUUCGAUGUAGCGGGCAUGAAGUUGGGUCAGCCCCUGCUGCGCACUUUCAAGUUGAACCCUGAGGCUAAUGAAGAGCUGGAUGUAGAGUUUUACUUGGAGAAAUGCUCAGAUGCCCCUGCAAAGGUACUGACCAAUGGAGUCCUUGUGGUUCAUCCUUGCUUGUCUCUGCAAGGCACUGUCAAGGAAGAGGAAGAACAGCAAGGGAGCUGUGAGGUCAAGGUGUCUGUUCCAGGGGCAUAUCAGAAGCAUUUGCGUAUUCCUCUGGGACCAGACAACGAGGAUUAUGGAACCUCAUUUGUCUUUCAUGUGGAUAAAGAAAUUUGUCCAGAACUGCAAGUAGAGCUGGAGCAAACCAUAUCUGUCCUACAGGAUGGUAUGAAUGAUAUUGAAAAGCAUACUACAGUUCUGGGACUGGGGACGGUACCAGUUAAUUCACUUCCUAUUGGACAAAAAGUUGAUAGAAUCGUUUCUCUGGGAGAGGGACAAAGUUUGAAUAUGAGUUUUAAAGCGGAAGAGAGCAGUUGGGAUCUUGAUAUACGCCUGGGUUUUGACCUCUGUAAAGAGGAGAGAGAAUUUUUGGAAAAAAGGAAGGCAAUAGUUUCUGAAGCACUGAGGAAGACUCUUCACUUAAAAGAAUCCCCUUCAAAAGAUGAGGUUCCAGUUGUAGCAGUGGUGGGGUCUGGAGGUGGCAUGAGAGCACUGACAUCGUUCUAUGGCAGUCUUGCUGGGCUUCAGCAGCUGGGCCUUUUGGAUGCUGCAAUAUAUCUGUGUGGGAUUUCUGGCUCUACUUGGUGUUUAUCGACACUGUAUCAAGACCCUGAAUGGUCACAGAAAAACCUUCAAGAUGCAAUCAGGAGAGCCCAGGCUAUGGUGUCCAGCAGCAAAGCAGGGGCAUUUUCCCCAGAUCGACUGAAAUACUAUUUCCAGGAGCUGAAAGCAAUGGAGAUCAGUGGACGGAAAGUUUCCUUUACAGAUUUGUGGGGCCUUAUUGUGGAGUACUUCCUACAACAGAAGGAAGAUCCAUCAAAGCUCUCUGAUCAGCAAGAAGCAGUGAAAUGGGCCCAGAACCCCUAUCCUAUCUAUGCAGCUGUCAAUGUGAGACCCAGUAUUAGUAGUGUUGACUUUGCAGAAUGGUGUGAGUUCACUCCCUAUGAAGUUGGGUUUCGCAAAUAUGGAGCUUUUGUCCGAACAGAGGACUUUGACAGUGAGUUCUUCAUGGGACGGCUCAUCCAGAAACGUCCAGAACCUAGGAUUUGCUUUCUACAAGGAAUGUGGGGCAGUGCCUUUGCUGCAAGCCUAGAUGAUAUCUGCCUGAAGGUGGUUGGUAUAGGACUGGGCUUUCUAGAUUCUUUCAAAGAUGUUAUCAAAGUUGUAGAUGACUGCCGAAGGUUCCAUUUCCGUGAUCCAACACGAUUGAAGACUCGCUUGGUUAUACCUGGGGGCCCCUUGUUACAAAUCUUAGAGGAUUUCUUCAAGUCCCGGGUCACAUGUGGAGAAACCUUCAACUUCAUGCAGGGACUGUAUCUUCAUAAGGAUUAUGUUAACGUCAAGAAAUUUGUGGCUUGGAGAGGCACUCAUCUGGAUGCAUUUCCGAACCAGCUGACCCCAAUGGAAGAGAGCUUGUAUUUAGUAGAUGGUGGCUUUUCUAUCAACUCUCCCUUUCCUUUGGUACUUCAGCCAGAGAGGGAUGUGGAUGUUAUCUUAUCAUUCAAUUAUUCCUGGGAAGCUCCAUUUGAGGUUUUAGAAUUGACUCAGAAAUACUGUGAGGAGCGGGAAAUUCCUUUUCCAAAAAUCAAAUGGAGUGAGGAAGACGAAAAGCAGCCAAAAGAGUGUUACAUGUUUGUGGAUGAUGAUAAUCCAAAGGCUCCAAUUGUGCUCCAUUUCCCACUGGUGAAUGACACCUUCCAGAAAUACAAAGCUCCAGGAGUUGAGCGUGAGUCAGAAGAGGAGAAAUCCUUUGGUGACUUCGUUAUUGAGUCAAAAGAUUCUCCUUACCGUACCCUAAAUUUCACCUUUGAGCCACAUCAUUUCAACAGGUUGGUGGAAGUGAAUCGCUACAAUGUUCUGAACAGUAAGGACACUCUCUUCAAAGCCCUAAACCUGGCUCUGCAAAGGAGAAAGUUGAAGUAAGUCAUCAAUACAUCAAACACGUGAGCAGCUUCCAUAGCUGAGGAUACAGAUGGGCUGCAGUGUAUGAAAGCUGUGUGGCUCAAGACAGAAUAUGGAAAACUAAUAGCUGGAAACUGUCUUCUUGUGAAUGGAAUGGCACAUGCGACACUGAAAAUUCACUCCAGAUAACAGAUGCUUCUAUGAAAACCUGAAGGGAUGUACAAUACAAUGUGGAUGUAGCUUCAUUAUGUGGUGAAGAGCAGGGAAUUGCCUAGUCCAGUACCUCAUCUUACAGUGCCUUAUGUCAAAUGACUGGAGAUAUCUAUUCCGAUAGUUCAAGCAUAAGGAUAAUGAUCUUCCAAACUCCACUGAGUGGAGCACCUCUUUCUGUCAAAGUUGUGGCAGUGUUUGAGGAAACACUGAUUUCUUCUGUAUCUUUAUCUCACUUGCUCUUUCAACCUUACUCCAUGAAUGUUUACAAUUUACAUCAUCUGGCAAGGAACUCCACAGAUUGUAUCUAUGUACUGGGAGAUGAAAUGUGUCCUUUUGCUUCCAACUUGCUACUGGCUGAUGCCCAUGUACUUUCAAGACUGCGCAGUCAUUAACUGCUUUCCGUUUUUGCUGUUCAUGCUUUCAAAGAGCUCUGUGGUAUUUCCUUUAUACCUUUCUCAAGGAUUACAAUGGUUUUUAGGCUCCCAGAAGUUCAGUAUAGAGUACCUUACUUCAGUAACUGUUUUGAGGAAUUAAUAGUUCCCUUUUAUAUAUUUAACCAUUAAAGACACAUCAUGGGAUUGUGUUGCUUCUUCCUACAGUUUGAUCAUCACAUUUAAUGAAACUUGCUGUCUCAUCUCUUUCUAAGAGGAACUGAGGCUUUUUUGAAGAGUCUGAAUUAGAUAUUUUUUCCUUAUACUAGGCAUGCAAUUCAGCCAGACCUUUCUUCAAGGAAUCUCUCUGUGUGUAUAUAUUUUAGAAACAUCAAUGUUCAAGGUAAACACACCUCGUGAAUGUGAAUAAUGUCAGAUGCUGCUGUGCUGUGGGAUGGAAUUCACCUCACUUGGCAUAAAGCACAGAGAAAAAUACCGAAUUAUGCAGUUGAAAAAUAUCCAGUAUCUAAAAGGGAAGCAAACAAACACUUCAUUUUUGUGGCUUUUACAUUGAGCUGAAAGUAUUGAUUCUGUAUUUGAAAACCGGAGAUGGGAAAUUUGUCUUUUCUGGAAUGAUGUAAAGGCUUAAAAAUAGGCAUGAUUCUUGAUCUUUUUUAUAUGUUUCUCUUUCAAUAAAUAGCAGUUUUGCUAACGUGCUUGUCAAGAUUCUUCUU